CACAAAAGCUCCCUUUUCGAUUUUGUGUAACUUCUGGAAAACUAAUAAACAUUGUUUAUGGGCAUCUGAUCUGACCAAAGCCAUUAAAUGCGUGGUGUAUGUAUGGCAUGGAAGCAUAUCUUAGGACAGUGAACUACGCCAAAAGAGGUCUUCUGUUGAGUUUGGACACAAGGAAAGCAAAGCAUACCCUGUUGGAAAACUACGUAGUCCCCAGCACACAAAAUUUAAUAAUCCAACGGGAGAAAGUUUGGAAUAAAGAUGCAUGUUACCACUUACCACAAGAAAAGUCAUCUGAAUUUGAAUGAAAAAUGUGAACUUGAUUAGCUCAUCAUUUUUAUGUUCUAUAAAUAAGAUAUGCAUUUCGGCAUUACAAAGCAUCACUGUUAGCCCAACAUCCAUCGUCUCCAACAAAGUUCAGUUUUAUUUUGUGGAUCAUCUAUGGAUAUGGAAAAUGUUAGACGUAGAGGUAUCGGAGGGAGAGCACCCUUGCGCGACCAUAUUGUUGAAGAAUUUGUACCUUAUUCAGGGUGGACAGAGGAUGUAAAUGGUCGUUAUCUUCUCAUCGAUCUGCCUGGUUUCAAAAGUGAAGAGGUUAAGCUUACUAUUGAUGGAUCAGGCAAUAUGACGGCCACUGGACAAAGGCAAGUAAAUGAGGACAAAACGGUUUAUUUUGACCAAUCAUUUAAAUUGCCAGAAAAUUCAGAUGUUGAUAAGAUAUCCGGAAGAUUUGAUGGUGAGAUUCUUUAUGUAACUGUCCCAAAGCAAGCAGUAGAAGAAAAGAGAGAACAUGAGACUGUGAAAGAAAAUGUCAGUGAUAAAGCAAAACAAAUAGAACAUGAAAAGCCUAUCAAUGAUGAAAGUUUGAAUAGAGAUCACCACCACCACCACCACCACGACAAGCCUGGUAAUAUCCAUGGCCACGAUAGUGAGAUGGAGAAAAGAAGCAACACUGGUAAUAUUCAUGGCCACGAUAGUGAGACAGAGAAAAGGAGCAGCAGAAAUGCCCCCAUGUGUUUCUCCAAAGAGACAAUAGAGGGAUGGGAGAAUGAAUCUGGUCUUUUGGGAAGUGCUGUGAAGUUGCUUAAAAGAAACAAGGGGAUUGUUAUGGCAGCUGUAUUAGCGUUUUCACUAGGGGUAUUGGUAACACGUAAGUUGGAAUCACCUGGAUAUUGAGGAAGCUCUCGACCCUGCACUGUAUGCAGUGUCUGCCCUCAUAUCAUUAUUAUGUUGUCUGCACUGCAGAUUUGUAAUUACAGUAGCCUUAAUCUAACUAUGUACAGAAUAAAAAUGCUUUGCAAAUAUCCAAAUAAAUGAGAACCAUACAAUUUCUCCUUUCUCUAUUCUUUCUUGAAUUUUCUAGACUAUAUGAUUUU